AUGGCAAAAGAAAAGGUUUGCCUUGCGUACUCUGGCGGCCUCGACACCAGCUGUAUCUUGGCUUGGUUGAUUGAGAAGGGAUACGAUGUCGUUUGCUUCAUGGCAGAUGUUGGUCAGGAAGAGGACUUCGAGGCUGCAAAGGCAAAGGCGUUGAAGAUUGGAGCUGUCGCGUGCUAUGUCGAAGAUCUUCGACGAGAGUUUAUUGAGGAGCUGUGCUUCCCAGCUGUUCAAUGCAAUGCCAUCUACGAAAAUGUUUACCUUCUUGGAACCUCCCUCGCCCGCCCCGUCAUUGCCCGCUCCCAAAUCAAAGUUGCACAAAAGGAGGGAUGCGUUGCUGUCUCUCACGGCUGCACGGGCAAGGGAAAUGAUCAAGUUCGUUUCGAGCUUGCAUUCUACGCCCUCCAACCCUCCAUCAAGGUCAUUGCACCAUGGCGUCUCCCCGAAUUUUACGAGCGAUUCGCAGGCCGCAACGAUCUCCUCGACUACGCCGAGAAGGCAGGAAUCCCCGUCAGCAGCACAAAGAGCAAGCCAUGGAGUAUGGACGAGAACUUGGCACACUGCAGUUACGAGGCUGGUAUCUUGGAGGACCCCGAUGUCACUGCUCCAUCCGACAUGUGGAAGUUGACAGUCGACCCGUUGAAGGCUCCGGAUACCCCUGAGGACUUCACAUUGGUGUUCGAGAAGGGUCUGCCAAAGAAGCUGAUUACCAGCAAGGGAAAGACUAUCACAGAUGCAGUUGAGCUCUUCUUGGAAGCCAAUGCCAUUGCUCGCCGACACGGCGUUGGACGUAUCGACAUUGUUGAGAAUCGCUUCAUUGGCCUCAAGUCCCGUGGCUGCUAUGAGACUCCUGGCUUGACCUGCCUCCGUUCUGCGCACAUCGAUCUCGAGGGCCUUGUUCUCGACCGUGAGGUUCGCGCUCUUCGUGACCAGUUCGUCACUUUCAACUACGCUAAGAUCCUGUACAACGGUCUGUACUUCUCUCCUGAGCGCGAGUUCUUAGAGGAGUCUAUCGUUGCCAGUCAGAAAAAUGUCAAUGGACAGGUUCGAUGCCGCGCCUACAAGGGCAGCUUCAUUGUCCUUGGACGAAGCUCGGAGACCGAGAAGCUGUACGAUGCUAGUGAGAGCUCGAUGGAUGAGAUUGGUGCUUUCAGCCCUGACGCUACCACUGGAUUCAUCGCUGUUCAAGCAAUACGCCUGAAGAAAUAUGGCGAAGCCAAGGCUGAGAAGGGAGAGCGCUUGUAA